UAAAAUUGUCUAUAAAGGCAAUGAGGGAGCACAGAGAACAGGCACCUCUCCUCCCCUACGGUGAAGCCCAGGAGGACUUCCUGGAAGAGCCAACACCUCCUUCGGAGCAGGAAGGAAACAUUUCUCUCAAAUGCAUGCGAGACACUGAUGAAUUCCUUUCCGAUUUGAAUUCAGUGGAGCCCAAAGAAUACGCUCUAAGAAUGUACGACUCCGCCGGGAAGCUUGGGAGCAACGUCCUGAACGGAAACGUGGACAGGCUGGGAUCUUACAGCGAGUGCCUCUCCACCCGUGCUCCCUCUGGGAGUUUCCAAGGCCACUACUGCAAGCUUCACAUCCUGCAGGAUGGAGCCGAAUACAGGGUAGGCGUGUGUGUCCCUGAUUCUUGCGUGGAAGAGGAUGUGACCGUGAUGUCUCAGUUGGAUAUUUUAAGAUACAGAAAUACUUCAUUUCUGGCCCCUUCUCUCUCUCUCUUUACAACAAAUUCUUCCUCCUCGUCUGGCGUGGCUGUGGCUAGAUGCGCUUCUGGAAAGUUCCCCUUUGACACCUUUGUCGCCGUGUGUCUGUGCGUCACCUUGCUGGGCAUCUCCUUGCCCUUGGCUGGAACCGUCUACGUGGGAGCCAGGGAGCGGGGGUCCGACGGCAGGUCGUCACCUGUACCUCCGGCCACCUACGGGAGUCUGCCUCUGAGAGAGACGCAGACGGGUGAACCAAGAAGCAGACCGGCUUGCCCGGCCCAUCUCUCACUAUCAGGCGCCCCGAGCAGAGGAAAACGACUUUCAGGAGCCAUGGAGCACGCUCUGAAAUGCUUCUCUUGGCAGAAGACCGUGCCGGCCAUCUGGAUGCUGGAGACACCAGUGCGCACGUGCUCCGCGCUCAACGGCAUCCGGGUUCUGAGUCUCCUCUGGAUCGUGUCGGGGCACACCGGUCAGAUGACCGCGUGGCUGUCUUUGGAUAAUGUGCUCGAGUGGAGAAAGAGAGUGCUUAAAAACCCCCUGUACCUUUAUUCUCGGAGCGGCCCCUUCUACCUGGGGGUCGACACAUUCUUCCUGGUCAGUGGCUGGUUAAGUGCAAGGUCGUUUUUAAAGCUACGUGAGAAUUCAGACAAAGGAACGACCCUCAGUGUCAUACUCAGAUUCGUCCUCAGCCGCCUUUUGAGGUUGCAGCCUCUUCACCUGUACUCGGUGUGCUUGCUGGUUGGAUUGUUCUCCCUUGUUCCUUGGGGACCCGUCUGGGAUCUGCCCAAGUUCCACCUGGAUAACUGCCGGCAGGCAUGGUGGGCGAAUGUGCUGUUGCUCAACGAUUUCCUGGCGGUCCCAAACGCGUGUAAUGGCUGGACGUGGUACCUCGCCAAUGACUUUCAGUUUCAUCUCACCACACCGGCGAUCGUCCUCGUCCACGGAAAAAGUAAACAUGUCCUUGUCCUCCUCGGGGCCAUGCUGUUCUUGGCAUCUUUCACUGCCACAGCUCUGCUCACACUGGCUUAUGCCCUUCCGGUGGCAGCUCCGUCAGAAGCAAGUGAAAACGUGACUGUGUUAUAUUUCUCCGAAUAUUAUACUAAGCCCUACUGCAGAUAUGGGCCGUUCCUCGUGGGCCUCUUACUGAGCAUUUUCAUGCAUCAAAACCAUCAGGCAAACAUUCUUAAAACCAAGGCUCAGGCCGUGCUGGGGUGGAUUUGCGCCCUGUCCACCCUGUUCAUAGUGGUCGCUCUGGCGUACGUGGUGGAUGACAGCCUCGCCACCUCCUCGCCCACCGUUGCUCUGUACCAGGCCCUGCACCGGACCCUGUGGGCGGCAGCCGUGGGCUGGGUCAUGCUGGCGUGUCAGGAAGGCUACGGAGGUCCAGUGAACCGGCUGCUGUCUUGCCAGCUCUGGACUCUACUGGCCAACAUCAGUUACGCCUGCUACUUGGUGCACCCUAUCCUCAUCGUGCUCUACAACGGGCUUCAGGAAACACUGAUUCACUACACUGACACCAACAUGUUUUAUCUUUUCUCCGGACACUGUUUGCUGACCUUCAUCGCUGGGCUGGCCCUGACGCUGUGCAUAGAGAAACCGUGUCAGGAACUGAAGCGGCACCUGCUGGGACCAACACCUGCAGGGCCGUGAACGAACAUUCUGGUAAAACCGGGAAGAAUGGAUGGGUUUGUUCUGCUGGUGAUGAGCAAAAGCAGGCGUGGCCUCAUUUAUGUAACAAAUGUUUGUCCCCCUGGCAAGGAGUGUGAAUCUGAUUUUGUAACUGUUUAAGAUAUACAACUUAUCUGUGCUUAAUUCAUGAAAGAGUUUGAGUGUUUGCUAUAUAAAAGAGUUCUGUGACAGCCUAUUUACUAGCAUAAUAAUCACCCUCUGAUGUACUUUUUCAGAAAAAACAAAAACAAAAACAAAACCUGGACUUUUGGGGUCUCAUCUUCCAUGUAUUUAUUUUCUCUACUAGUGAUCACAGGAAAAUAGCAAACCUCGUGAAUUUAAUGUCAUUUGGGUUAUAAUGUUCCCUUUUCUUGGUAAAAUCACAGCAAGUAGUUUUUCAUGUCAUAAUUGUGUUAUCAUGACACCUUUGUAGACUUGUAACUUUAUCCUGGAGCCUCAGGAUUGUAUGACCCACUGGAGUGUCCAGUUCAUGAGUGCAUGGUGACAGGCCUUCCAAACAUUAUCUGUUUUACAGUGUGGUCCCUAUUAGGGGUUGAAUGUGUCCACUGAAAAAGGUACAAAGUCCGAAUCUUCUAGCAUCUUAGAAUGUGACCUGUUUGGGGGUUCGGGUUUUACAGAGGUGAUCAAGUUAAAGGGAGUUCAUGGGGGGAGGCAGCCCUAAUCCAAGGUGACUCGCAUCCUAAUAAAAAAGGGGAAAUCUGGACAUAGAGACAGAUCUGCACAAAUGGAAGAAAGGGUGAAAACAUACAGAAAUAAGGCGGCCCCCACAAGCCAAGAAACACCAAGGAUUGCCAGCAGACACAGAAGCUAGAGGAGGCAAGGAAGACCUCUCCCCCGGAGCCCUCAGAGAGAGCACAGCCCUGCCGAGACCUUGAGUUAGGACCUCAGCUUUCCAGAACCAUGAGGGGGUACACAUCUGUCCUGGUAAAUCAGCUAGUUUGAGGUGCUUUGUUACAGUAGCCCUCGGAAAGGAACAGUCUCUCAAUAAAACUCCCAACAGAGAAGGACAAGACCCUGGUGAAUGGCUUCCAUCCCAACCCCUCCGUUUCCAGCAGCAAGGCCUAGAAACGCAGAGCUUUAUAAGGCUACGGUGUCCAGAUUGUCAGACUUGUGUUCCUCUCCGGGUGUGUGAUUUCACGCUAACUGUCCCUACUCACAUAGACUUAACGUCAUGUUUCACAACCGUCUCGUUGGGUACUUAAGUAUCAAAGGAUUUGUUAACCAUCAUGGGCUACAAGGAGCUAAUGAGCACAGAAUGCUCCCCAUCUCUGUGUGCACUAUUUCUCUCCAAGAGGAUCUGUUAGGAGGACCACUGGGGGUGGGGAGGGCUGCUAACCUCAAAUCCUUUGAAAGGGCAGUUGACAGCUAACCUUGUCAUUUUCUGGCUCACUCUGGGAACCCACAUCUCCUGGAGGCCUGGUCUAGUCUGCUGAUAGCAUCUGAUGCGAGCGAGGAGACAAGCCUGGCGUGUUCAGGGUCUGUAUUAGAAAGCACCAAGUUGGCUCUCUGGGUAACCCCUGAAGUUCAUGGAGUUCCUUGGGAGCCCCCUGGUGGCGGACUUGGUACAUGACCCCCUCAAACUUAGACCUCAGAGCUCUUGAGGGUGGGUGGAGUUUACAGCAGGAACACUACAAUCUGGACAGACCCCAGUGGGAAAUGACUCGCCUGCCAACGUUGCUGGGCAGUCAAAUUGCCCAGUGCUUCUAGUUAUGAGGCUAGCAACCUGGGGCCCAUGGGGAAAAAAAAUAACCUCUCCACUAUUGCAAUUUUAUAAAAUAUAAAGUAGGGACAGAGAAAUCCAAUUUUGUUCUAGCUUUUGUUUCGGUCUGGAAUUCCCUAGGAAUUUAAGAUUUAUAGACUGUGGGGACCUUCUCUGGAUUCUGAAACAAGCUGUAAAAGAGCAAAUGACAUUUAUGAGACAGUUGGAAAUUUGAACACCGCCUAGAUAUUCGAUGAUAUUAAGGACUUACUAAUUUUUUAAUGUGAUGGUGGUAUUGCGGUAAUUUUUUUUAACAGUCCUUAUGUUUUAGACACAUACUGAAAUAUUUGCAGGCAAAAUGAUAAAAUCUGGCAUUUGCCUCAGAAUAAUAUCAGAAGGAAAUGAGAUAGAUAAAACAAGAUUGGGCAUGUAGUGAUCAUUUUUGAAGCUGGGUGAUAGAUAUGUGGCACCUCAUUAUACUUUUUUUUUCUAUUUUUGUAUAAAAAACUCAAGCAAAUAAUAAUGAUAAACUCACACAAAUUUAUAGAGACAGCAACAUUAGUAUAGAGUAAGUAAGCAUCACCUGACGGGGGCCUCCUCUAAUUCUCCCUAAAUUCUGAAAUCUGUGUUUCAUCCCCACAUACCAGCCCAUGGAUAAAAAUAGGUCAUAUUGACAGUAUAGUCACCCAGGGCAGAUCUAAAGGAACUCCAGCCCCCCUUAAGUUCCUCCUGACUGGUCUUGGGAGAGUCUAGGAGUAUCUUGCUUGUCUUGUAAACACUGGACUCUAAGUCCUUUUUAAAUGGUGCAGGCUCUCCUUCGAGCUGUGCCCUCCCCAGCCUUGCCCUCAGACUGCUGAGAGCUGGGCGGUGGGGGCGGGGGCAGUGCCUCCUACACCUGCUGUCCCCACUCCACUCUCCAAAGCAUGCCGCCUUCUCCUCCGCCUUCUCUGGGCAGGAGGUGGGCCGGGCUGGUUCUGUGCUCAGGCCACUGUGUCCAAUCACAGCACAAAUGAUCUCCACAAGCGGCACAAACUGAUAAGUUCCCUCUGCCCGCCUUGUGCCGUCUGUGUCGUCUCGUUCAGGCGUUGAUGCAGUGCUGCUAACGGCUCGGGGUGUUUUUAUAGAAACUGCUCUUGCAGAUUUUCCUUGUUGUAAUAGAGGUCGUUCUCCCUUGGAUACACUGUGAGUCUGUGGGCGCUGGGAUGGAGGGUGAUCAGAGUGGCAAUUUCCUCCUCUUUACAUUCCCACCCUGUUCGUCACUGGCCCUGACCGCCGCGGCCGGCACGCAGCAGGUGUUCAGUACAUGGCCGCUGAAAUAGUGACGGAAUCAAUCCCUUGACUUUUUAAGGGGAAUUCUCUUCCAGGAGGCUCCUCGCACGUACAGGUGGGCACCUCUCAACCAGGUCUUAGAUAUGUUCGGUUUUCUAAGAACCUUUCCCCCAAAUGGCCCAACCAGACCCCAGUUCCGAGGUGCCAAAGUACUUAAACGGGUGAGAAGCCUUUACUGCAAUAGUCCAUACACCCCAACUGGAACUAAAACAAUGCUGUGCUCCUAUAGACUCGGAGGCAGCCAUUUUUGGUGGCCCACCGACCUUCACCGACCUUCACGUCCCCUCCUCCCUUCCUAAACCAACUCUGACGUUCUAGCACUGCCGUACCCAGACACAGGAGAAGACUCGUACUCAGCAAAAGCCAGCUUUGGGCCCCUUCGUGCUUCGGCCCAUGAUUGGCCCAAGUGUGGUCAUGUGACCCAGCUCUGACCAAUGAGACCUAAGGAGCCAUGUGCCGGGGACUUCUGGGAAAGAUGGAGAUGGGCGGGGCUUGGGGGUGUGAAGGAGGAAGUGGUUCUGGUCUUCCAUCCUUCAGUGCGGGGAGGCUGUGGUGCGGCUGGGAGUUGCGGCCACCUCCUGUGAGAAGGGAGGCGGCAAGGGGACAGGCUGAGGUUGAUGCAGGGACUGGGGGCUGCCUGGCCCCGCUGAGGACGCAGACACUGUGCAGCCGCGCGGUGUCGGGGUGUGUGUGCUGAAGGCUCCCGAACCCCAGCACGCAGGUCUCCACCGUCCAGGGAGGGGACUGGAAGUUGCUUCCUGCAGGAUUCUGAGUGGCCUAAGACGGAACCCCUAAACAUAUGGAUAUAAAGCCUCUCCCCCAAAUGUCCUCGCCAGUGAGGCUCCCUGUGGACGCGUUCAAACCAUAGGCUCAAAGGAGGGUGACCACCUCGUCCCCAUUUGCCUGGGAUUUUGUCAGUGUUCGCACCGAUCUCCCGUCCCCGCACACACCGCUCUGCCCUGGGCAAACAGGAGUGAGCGGCCCCUUGAGCACAUGUCCAUCCGUUAUUUUAUUUAUUUGCUUUUAAGAUUUUAUCGAUUCCAGAGAAGGAGGGGCGGAGGAAGAGGGAGAGGCAGAGAAUUCCAAACAGACGCAGCCCUGAGCCCGGAGCCCAGGCCAGACGCGCUCUCAGCACCCCGAGAUCAUGACCCGAGCCAUGGCCUGAGCCAAAGCAGGACUCGGACGCUGCACCGGCUGAGCCGCCAGGCGCCCCUCCAGCGGCUUUCUACUUCCUCGCUGUUAACGGUGAGCAGAGAACCAAGGUUCCCGCAAACCUGGGAAAGGGCUUUCACACCUGGAAGACUGAGUCUAAGAGGAACACGCAGAGCCAAGGAAUUUGGAGGGAACGAAGAGGUUUCUCGGGGAAAAGCAAAGCCUCCGGAACUACCGCUGUCGUCGAGUGGAGGGCAGAGACCCCUCCGGUAGACAGGCCGAGACAAAAGUGAUUGUUCUUUCUGUAACGCAUUCAGUCGGUAACCAAACAUUUCCAAUAACCCCCUGUUUUAUUUAUAAGGACUUCAGGAAUAUCAACAGGAAUGUCAGAAAUCCUGUUUGGAGGGAGCUUUCAUGUCUUCAGGCCGGGAAGAACGGCCUGGGGCUUCGUUUUGCUUUGGAUUAAGGGACAAAGGGCGGGAUAUUUCAGCAGAUUGUGGAGUAUGGAUAAUAAUGUUUUCAUUACUUAAAAUGUAAUAAUGUUUAUGUUUUUAUUAAACAUCAUGUAAUGGUUAUGUUUUUAUUACUUAAAAUGUUAAUCAAAAUUUUAAAAUAUAUUGAUUAUGCCUAGGAAUGUAUUAAUAUACGCUUUUAAGUAACAAGAGAAGUUUAUGUAGUAUUUCGUUUUUAUUAGAUGAGCUCACAAAAUCAUGUGUGAUCCUGCACCUUUUGUCCCUAUGCUUAUCAAAUGAAUUUUUUCUUUUUUUUUCUUUUAAUUUUUUGAAGAUUUUAUUUAUUUAUUUGAGAGAGAGAGAGAAUAGAGUGGGGAAAGGGACAGAGGGAGAGGGAGA